ACUUUUAACUUUCUCUUCUGCUCUCUUCAUUUGUAUGAUUGUUGUAUGUGCAUUCAUACUCGGAGCGGUAUUGUUUAAAGAUGAUGCGGGUCGCGUUUGCGUACAAUAUUUUUGGUAUUUUUCGAGUAUUUUCAUCGAAUCACGUUUGUCAGUUCGCGUGUGUUACUGUGUAAAAAAAACUUACAACCAAAGCGGGUGUUCCCUUAACAUUUCUAAACAAAUCUGACAAAUCUAAACAAGUCAGCAAAUCUGGAUGAGACCAGGGAGAGGAUGAUCGCCGCCUCAGAACCGGUGGAGUACAAGCCAGGUGGCCGAGAAAUAAUCUUAAAGCAUCCUGGAUCCUUGAUCAGUCAGCAGCUGUCUAAUAAUCGAACGGUUGGUGGAGAAAAUGUUCUAUUAAAAAGAUUUAGCGAAGUAAAUAUAUCAGAGAAGUCUCCUAAAGAGACAUGGUUGGUACGCAGUAAUAAAUUAUGUGGGGAGGAAGAGUUAUAUUAUUCAGGAAAGGUAGCAGUUCACUGUAAGGGCAAUCAAACCACUCAAGUGCUUAAAGCAACCUAUACGUGUGAGACAGAUAUUAAGCAUGCACUUUGGUGUACCUUUCAUACUAGUAUCCCAGAUCACUUAACCAAGAGUAAAGAAUAUGAAGCUAACAAAUCCAUCGACAAAUCUAUAGAAUGUAUAUGUUUGCUUGACUCUUAUACUCUUAAGGUUUUUACAGAAAAUGGCGAAGACUAUGUUUCCGCCUUACAAUUUCAGGUUUCCGCUGUAUGGCCAACAAAAUAUGGGAUUAUACUUGAAAAAUCUCAAGUCCCACUUACAGAUUCAAGAUAUGUAUCAUUUGAAAACAGCAGAUUACCGGCGCAGCACGAUAAUAAUUUACCAGUAGCCUUUUCCUUAUUGCAUCCAUUAGAUGAAAUUUGCCCUCUACUUAUUAAGCAUGGACCUGUAUCAUAUAUGAACGAGUCGAGUCAGCAGAUUAUAUUUACUAGCUCAGAACCAUCCUUUGCAGUGAUAUAUGAUACGAAGACAGGUUUGCAUUCGGUUUAUAAAAUUCGCAAGGCAUCAGCUGAGGAGUGCCAAUUAGUUUGUGGAACUAAUGAUACAACAAGUUUAUGCAAUCAUUCGACAAAUGUAUCGCCAUUAAACGUCGGUAGCAAUUUAUCCGCCAACAAAAGCAACAAUAAGGGUCCUUUAAGUCCCUUUCUUCUUGGAGUUCCAAGUAUACAAAUAAGCAACACCACUAUAAGUUUAGGAUUGUCUAAUACUCCAUUUGGAUCACGAACGACCUCUUACAGUACCAAUUCAGGUGGACCAUCACCUCAACAACAGCAACAUUCACGUUCACAAAGCUCGAUGGCUGCUAUUUCUCGUUGUCAAUCGCCUACACACUCGAUGGCUAUGUCUCCUCUGCUCGGACCAGCUGUAAAUCCAAAUAUCUAUCACAGCAGAUUACAUCAAACAGUCACAGUGACUGGAUUGAAUCAAACGCAUAGUCCGGCUGCCAGUUACAACAGCAUCAGAUUGAAAGACAUUCCAACUGCGAGUAAACCUCUAUAUCCUGAAAUUUGUCUUGAACAUGUGUGGACGGAGAACGUUGGUGUGUCGAAAGAUACCUGUGGUCGUGCAUCUAAAGUUUUUUUGACAUCAGAUUUUGUUGGACAAAAUUAUCUGGGCUAUCUAAUUCCGAAUCGUUCGCAAUUAUGCUUGGUGAGAUUGGAAAAGACCAACAAGCAACAACAGAUUAUUUUCGGAAUGGUGACAAGCAUCGUAGCUAAGGAUGCUGUGAAUUUAUCGAAUUUGCAUAUGAUAGCAAUUGUAGAUCUAUCAAAUGGCAUAACGUUGUAUACGGGAGUUACAUGCGUCGGCAAGUUACAUAUAUCCGGCAUGCUCUCGAAUUUUACAGGCAAUAAUUACUUUUUAUCGACCAGCAAUCCCAAGCUUGAAUCUCCAUUUUUUCCUAGACGAAGCUCCUUGAUUUCUCAGAACUGUACGGCCUCGCACGAAAUUAAAUUCGAGGAAGCUUUACAUUUGUUGAGUCCCGUAGGUGGUAACUGUGCUCGUCCGCCGAUACUAUUGGAAAAUUCAUUAUUGGAUACAAAUUUUCUCACUUUGAAAGAAACUGUAGGUAAUGAGAUAAUCGUGGAGUGCGGAAAUAAACAAUAUUUCCGUAUAACGUUACCUGUUUCUAGUACGUCGCCUUUAGUUACUAAAUGUUUAUAUACAUUACGAAAUGUUCUUCAAAGAGAUUUGGCGAUGCAAUUGUUGGUUAAAUGGUAUGGCGCCAGAAAUGCCCCAGGCCCGCAAGACUUUUCACCAGCACAAGAGUGGGAGCUUUUUCUUAUAGUUCUGUUUACGUUACUGGGAUAUGAUGUGGAAAAAUUGCAUCUAAUACGAAACAACGAGAAGGAUCAGCUUACGGAACGUAACAGUCCUAUGAUGCUACCCAAAAAGCAAAAGACUAGCAAUUGUGGAUCCACAGAUGAUUGGCUAUACAUAUUUAAUUCAAACGAGUAUAAAAAUUCUCGAACUUUUGUUUCAAAUGUACUGAAAGGUCGGAAAAUAUUCAGCUUACCAAGUGCUACGUCUCAGGGUGCUGCAGAAUCAAGCAACGUUGGCAAAAUAAAUGUACAGGCCAUUCUGUUUCCACAUUUUCCGCUCAUUUUAUUUUCUCUUCAUCUGUUGUACGAAGAAUUAAAAUUGAACAGCAUUAUGUUAGAAAGUCUGCCAUUGCUCGGGCAGCUGCUGUAUCAAUUAAGCGUAGAUCUGAAGUUCGAAUUGUAUGCUCAUCAUUACUUUCUUGACUCACCGUCAUUGUCCUAUUUGAAAACCAUGAGGUCUCAAAUCAGCGACUCGGACUUACAAAAAAUAGCAAUUCCAAGUUACAUGCCUCGGAAACCACCACGCAUAUUUGAAACGUUAAACAGUAUGUUGGACGAUACGGACAUAACUGCAUUUCCAUAUUUGAGUCAUGUUAAUUCAAGAACGAGAAACAUAGUAUAUCUAACAGCGCUUGUAGUAAAUGAAAAUUGUGUUGACAUAGUAGAAAUGGAAAAGUAUGUGAAGUUAAUUGUACCUGCUGGAAAUCGUAUUGAUCUUCAAGAAAACGGAAGCAAAUCUGACAAAGAGAUACUGAAAAAGUUGGAAAAACCUACCACGGAUAGGAUAAUAUUAUUAUACCAUGAGAUGGAUAUGAAAAAAGAAGAUCUCGAAACAUUGCCGCCUGCGGUAUCUUUAAUGAUAAGAGAUGUUAUGCAUAGAUGUAGAGAAAAUCCACCAUCAAAUUGGCCUACGCAUGCGUACGAACUAAUAGAUCGUCAAGAUCUGGCCGUGUUGGAUAAGCAUUUGAAACCAUCAUCGAGGUUACAAUAUACUGAUGGUGAAAUGAGGGAUUAUGGGAUAAAAGAUGAACAAGACGACGGCAUGGAAUUUGAUGAUAUGAUAUUAAAGUUACGAUUUAGUAAGGAUCAUAGAGUUGCCGAGGUGCGAAGAUUGCUUAAUUCCUCAAAACCAAUGAGGAUAGCGAUAGUUCAAAGAUCAAACGUAAGCGAUCAUGAGUUUAUAGAAGAGCAAGAGAAACACCUGCUCACAUUAUGUACGAGAACAAUGGCAUUACCCGUAGCUAGAGGCAUGUUUACACUGAGAACUUCCACUCCGAUGAUUACGGAGCAAUUGCCCAUUCCGAGAUUGUGUCUGACUGGCAAGGCACCGCCUCGUGGAACUACUGUCGAAUUAACUCACAUCGACGUUCCGCCAAACAUGAAUUUGUGGCCACUGUUUCAUAAUGGUGUAGCUGCGGGUCUGUGUAUUCAUCCAGAUGCUGCGAACAUUGAUUCGACAUGGAUAGUGUAUAAUAAACAACAGCAGGGUGAAUACGGGGUAGAACAUUCGGGAUUUCUGAUGGCUCUUGGUUUAAAUGGACAUCUGAAAAACUUGGCUCCUUUAAGUACGUACGAAUAUCUAGCCGAUUGUCACGAGGCUACCAGCGUCGGACUUUUGCUGGGUUUAUCAGCGACACAUCGUGGUACGAUGAACGUGUCUAUGACCAAAUUACUAUCGUUGCACGUAGAAACACUUUUACCACCGACAAGUAUCGAAUUAAAUGUACAACAGAAUAUUCAAGUUGCAGCGUUAAUGGGAGUUGGCCUUGUAUAUCAAGGAACUGCGCACAGACAUAUCUCGCAUGCUUUAUUAUCUGAAAUUGGUAGGCCACCAGGACCUGAAAUGAAGAAUUGCGUAGAUCGCGAAUCGUAUUCCUUGGCAGCAGGACUUGCAUUAGGUUUGGUCAUACUCGGAUGUGGUGGCGGAACGGAUGUACCUGCGAGCAUACCUGAUACUUUGCACUAUUACAUGGUUGGUGGACACAUAAGACCUUUCUCCGGGGCACAGAAAGAAAAAUACAAAUCUCCUAGUUAUCAGAUACGCGAAGGUGACUCGAUAAAUAUCGACGUAACGAGUCCGGGAGCAACGAUAGCUUUAGGAUUAAUGUAUUUCAAUACUGGAAAUCGUGCAGUGGCCGAAUGGAUGCAGCCCCCUGACACGCAAUAUUUAUUAGAGUUUGUGAGACCAGAUUUCUUACUGUUAAGAGUGCUCGCCAAAUCGCUGAUUUUGUGGGACGAUAUCGAGCCGACCAAGUCAUGGGUUUCUAGUCAUGUGCCGAAUAUUGUUUAUAAAUAUAGAUUGCAGAAGCCUACGCCGGAAGUCACACAGAACGUGGAUUUGGAAACUAUCAACCAAGCUUAUUGCAACAUUAUAGCGGGUGCUUGUAUGGCACUGGGAUUGAGAUACGCAGGCACCGCUAAUAAGAACGCUUUCAAGACCUUGUAUAAUUACGCUCAGAUGUUCACGGCGUUGUCUCACAAAACCAUAGCCGAGUUAGCUGGCAAGUCCACUGUUGAAACAUGUCUGAAUGUCGUUCUGCUUUCAACCGCGGUGGUGAUGGCGGGUACCGGCAAUUUAGACAUUAUGAGGAUAUGCAGACAUAUACGCACUCGCGUGGGACCUGCCAGUGGCGUAGUCACAUACGGUUCUCAUCUGGCGACUCACAUGGCUCUUGGUCUCAUUUUCUUGGGUGGUGGAAAAUAUACACUCUCUAACAGCCCGAAUGCAGUGGCGGCUCUUAUAAUUUCACUUUUCCCAAAGUUUCCGACUCACAGUAACGACAACAGGUAUCAUUUACAAGCAUUGCGUCACUUAUACGUAUUAGCAGCUGAACCGCGUAUUAUUUUACCGAGAGACAUAGAUACUGGUCAAUAUUGUUACGCGACGAUACAUUUAACAUUCGAAAACGACAAAGAAGCUGAUGGACAAGAGAUCAGUUUACAAGCGCCAUGCUUGUUACCACAGUUACGUAGCUUAAAGAAGAUCGAAUUAAAAGAUUCCAGAUAUUGGAAAAUUACAUUUGUAAAACCUGACAACUGGCAGCAACUGAAAAAUAUGCUAGAGAGACACGAUUUCCUAAGCAUCAAGCAGAGAGCUGGUUGUUUAUCGUAUCUGGAAGAUCCUCAUGGUUUUAGAAGCUUAGUAGCCCAAACUCUAACGACGGAAAAUGCAAUCGCAUGGGCUGCACGGCCAGAACAUGUCACAUCAUUUACAAACGACAAGACUGUAUUGAACAUAGUGACAUACUUUUUGCAAUGGUCUAAAAAAGGAAUAAUUCGUCCCGAAAGUAUCAAGUAUUCAUCGCAAAACGAUGUACAAUGCAAAAUGCCAGAAUUCGAGCAAUACUUUCUUCAUAUAUUCGCAAUAAUUGUAUACGAAUGUAUUACGAAAGAUAAAGUAAAUCUUAUACCGUUAUGGCUGCAUAUAAUUAAAAGUAUAAAAAUUAUUGAGGAGCAACCAAACAGCUUUGCGAUAUGGCAAAUAAAACUUCUUUCGUCGCAAUUGUCAAGAAAUAGUUUCACAAAUGAUGAAAAUCCAUUACUCAGCAUAGAAAGUAUGCUCGCAAUUAAACAGAAAACAGCGAUUAUUCUGGAUAAAUGGGAGCACGAUAUGAAAUCUAUGUUUAAAGAAUAUCUUACGAAUGGAAUGGUACAGGCUGAUGCUGCAUCUUUGGCUAAGAUGUGUGCGUAUUUUAUAUUUUAUGGCAUACCAUAUCCAAUCGACGACAAAUCAAUCUGUAAGUCUCCACAGAUAUAUACAUUUUUUUUGGUGGAUAAGGAUAUCUUUUUUAUUUUCCGUAUUUAUUUUUUAGGGAAUUUGCUUGCGACACCGCAGUGUUCUAAUAUAUCAAUUGUUACAUUGUAUAAAUUACGCAAGAUUUUACAGACAGUUUAAAGGCGUACCAGUUAUCGUAUGUAUCAAGUUGUCGAGUGUUUCCCCGAUAAAUGUAUAAGAAUAUAAGCAUCCAACUAAAAUACCCCCCAGAUGACCGAUGAAGGAAGAAUUUGGAACUAACAGGUGUAUCAAUAUCAGCUCGAACCACACUGCUAAUUUACUUGGUACUAUAAAUCCGCUGAUAUUGUGCAAUUUGUCGCGUUCCUCGCAUAACGCGACGACUUUCAAUGCAAAUAAAGUGGCGGAAAAGCCAAUGGCGCAAGCCGUAAAAUA